GGUGGUGCUUGAUGAAACACGGAGCCAUGGCAACACAGGAAGAGUAGCUUAGCUGUUAGCUAACUAGCUUGUUUUGGUUAUCCGAUUAGAAACUAGUUACUAUGUAGGUAGCUGUUCGUAAAUAAUGAAACUGAGAAAGCUGCCUUAGUACGCGUGUAAGGAUUAUUAUUAUUAUGUGACUUCAAACGUAAGCCAGUGUUGUUUAUAGUCAAGCAAGUAUAGCGUGAGGGUGCAAAUAAUUUGUAGCGCUGCUUAAUAACAGAGUAAACUGCAAUGCUCAGUGUUAGCUGGUUAGUUGUUAAACUGCAUAGUGUCAUUUUCAAACGUUAUAUCCGAUAUUGUUAUAGAGAACUAUUGAAAUGUGUGUUAUUUAGCUAUGUGACUAAUAUUAUCUACAUAAAUGUAAGCGAAGUGUUAGAAAAGCGAGAUAACUUCACCACACCAGUCGUUACGUAUUUACCACCGUACACAGCAAAAUAUCAGUCAGUGUGAGCCAUCUUUGGGCUUGUGGAGGAAGUGAGGAUCAUGUCCGCGGAUAAAUCUCCUCCGGAGAGCGGAGCACACGGCCUCCUCUGCGGCCAGCGCGCUAAGUCUUACGGCAGCUUGGUGACGUCGUGUGUCUCACCGGUCCGACAAAACCGAAUCCAACACCAAGUCCAACCGGGAGAAACUUUACAAGGAUUGUCACUCAAAUACGGCGUGUCUAUGGAGCAAAUCAAAAGGGCAAACCGACUGUACACCAACGACUCAAUAUUCCUGAAGAAGUUCCUCUCCAUCCCUGUCCUCACUGACUCACUGUCAUUUACUAACCAGGACGAGUUGCUUGAAGAGGAAUCAAGUCAUCAGGAUCAACAAGUUCUUGUUAACAAUGGCCAAACAGUCUCAGCAAGUCCAGAUGUGACUGCAGAUAUUUCUCCAUCAGACUAUUUGAAAAGGCUAGACUGCUUGAUUAAUCAGUCAAAACAAGCAGCCAUAAAGACAUGUCAAGAAGGAGAUAAAAAGUUUUCUUCAACAGAAUAUGUCCAGUACAGCAAUCAGGACUCCUGCAGCUCUUCUCCGGUUCAGCAGGCCAUGUUGGGGUCUGUGCCACUCACUAUCACUAAACGUACCAAGAAACUGAGGGACAGAGAGGAUGAGAUUUUUCAGCUCUGAUGCUGGCUUUUUAACAGUACUUCCUGAUCAGUGUGAAGUGUUUACGUCCGCAGGAGCAAAUGAAAAGUGAAGGUUGUAUGGAGGAGGGACUGAGUUCAAUGAAAAAAAAAAAAAGGACUGCUGAUUUUCUUCAGACUGCAAGGAUCUAUUAUCACUUGUGGAAUUGAUGUGCACUGCCACCUGACUAGAUGCGCCCAUAUGGCCUUAGAUCAUGUGCCAUGUUGGCAUCCAAGCCUAAUUGUUUACAGAGCAAAAAUGAGCACUGUUCAUGUCUUUGGGUAAGGUGCCUAGUUGACAGGUUACACAUUUGCUGCACAUGGAUCAGUAAUGUGGUUCUAGUUAGAAUUGGAAAUUUGUUUAGGAAUCAAGGAAAACAUAAGCUAUAUAUUUGAUCUGCAGAGCAAAUUAAUUUUAACUGUCUAAACCAAGUUUAAAUUAAUUUCUCAUGGGCACUUUACAAAUUUACCUUGCUUAUUCAAGCACUUGUAUGAUUUUGUUCUCAUGUUGUAUGUUAUACUGCACAUUUUGUUUUGGUCAUGUAGCUGCUACACUGCCAGGGGUUAUUUCACUAAGUGGGAUUGCUCAGUUAGCCACGCUUAAGCCAAAAGGAAAAAUGAGUAUUAACAUUCCCAGCAUAUUGAGUAAUCCUCUCUGAAACACUUCCUUAAUAUCAUCAUUAGUGAUGUAACCAAACAUAGCCUAGAUGCAAUAUUCUUCCGUUCUUUCUUACUGUGAGUCAACAUGGAUUUCUAGGUCAUAUGCACUGGCUUCUAUGUUUGUCAGAGGAAUUGGCAUGUUACUGCUGAGAUUUUAAAAUGGUGGUGUACUGUUUGUUCUAAGGAUGUAAUACAGUGGCACAUCUGUAUCUGUUUAGUACACCAGAUCUGUAUUUGGACUUAAAUAUGAAGUGGGUGUGGUCUAAACUUGAAGGUGUUUUUUUUUUUUUAAUUACUUUUUUGCGAUAUAAUAUAGGAACCAGGGUGGCACGGUGGUGUAGUGGUUAGCACCGUCGCCUCACAGCAAGAAGGUUCUGGGUUCGAGCCCAGCGGCCGGUGAGGGCCUUCCUGUGCAUGUUCUCCCUGUGUCUGUGUGGGUUUCCUCCGGGUGCUCCAGUUUCCCCCACAGUCCAAAGACAUGCAGGUUAGACUAAUUGGUGGCUCUAAAUUGUCUGUAGGUGUGAGUGUGAAUGGUUAUUUGUCUGUAUGUUUCAGCCCUGCGAUGAUCUGGCAACUUGUCCAGGGUGUGCCCUGCCUUUCACCCAUAGUCAGCUGGGAUAGGCUCCAGCUUGCCCGUGACCCUGCACAGGAUAAGCGGCUACAGAUAAUGGAUGGAUGGAUGGAUGGAUGGAUAUAGGAACCCUAUUAAACACUUGAAAAAUCCCAGAGGUAAAAUUGCCAUUGUCAGCACUGUCCAUGAAUUCUGGCUCUAAUGCUACCUCCCUCAUGUGACUUAAGAGAUUUGCUCGGGACCGUUUUUAAUCUAGCUUGCAUAGUUAUUUUACAGUUUUUGUUUAAACCUACCUCCAGUAUUUUCAGACAAGUUUAGUUGCUUCUACUUUCCAAAGUAAAAUAAGUAAAUUAGUAGCUUAACUGAAACCAUUUGACCGGGAUCAGACAAUUAGUAAGGACUGUGGCAUGUUCUUGUUCAUCAGUGUAGUCUUUAUUUGAGCUUCAUAUCUGACUGCACACUUUUACCCACAUGAAUGUUUAAAAAAAAAAAAUCUUCUGCUUGAGUGACUUUUUGUUGCAUUCUGUGGGAUUCUGAUGCACACCUCUAAUUUUGACAAGAUACACUGUGAACUUUUCUGCCAAAACAAACAUUAAAAAAAUAACAGAAUAGUGUGCCUUUUAUUCAUGUCUGAAUUUGUAUCUGUUCAAAACACAUUAUUUGAUCAAAUAUCGGAGUCAUAUCCAGUUACAUCCCUAGGUUGUACAGUACAGGUUGAUGACCUGCAGACUGCCAGCAGGAAUUGCUUAAAAUCAUGCUUUGUGGUCUGGGCGUGUUACAUACCCUAUGCACAAAUGUGAACAAUAUGUAGAGCAGACACAAAUGAGGACUGAGGAAGAAUAAAUGCUGUGUUAUGUAAAUGUGUGAAUUUGCCUAUUUUUGUUCGUGUGCAUAAUUUGUGAUCUAAUUAUCCCCGA